AUGGAGUUGUCGCUGGCCAUUCAAGAAAGUUUGAAAUAUGCCCAACAAGAGAAAGAAGAUGAGCUAAAGGAAAAUGGAUAUUGUGAGAGUAAUGGCCCAAAGGUGAAAGACAGCGAAAACAGAUGCGAUUCGUCUUCAGAUGCAUGCUCAAAAAGCGAACAGUCACAGGUUACCAACAAAGCGGUUCAUUCCCCAUCAUCAUCCGCGGCAAUGGCUUCGUCGAAUUGUUGGGCAGGUGAGGAAAUGGGUCGCUUAAAAGAUUUACUGAUGAGCCAGGCAGAAUUCAUUCAGUGCCAGCAGAAUGAAAUUAUGGAGAAGGACAGAGAAAUCAAGGCUCUGAUGUCGGCGAGAGAUGCACUACAAUGUCGACUAGAACGGAUGGAGCGGCGAAUGUCAAUUUUAAAGCACAAAGAAGAGAUGAGGGAUUAUUCAGGAGCAACAUUGUUAGAAACUGUGGCAAAGGCAGCCACACCUUCAUUGAUAGUGCAGCAGAAAGGGUCAAGUGAUGCAACAAUUACAGAACUGAAGAAGUUUCCAAGGCGAGGUUACAAACAAAGUAUCUCGCAAAGAAAACAUCCUUACAAAAGGCAAAAAUUAGCAAAGCAACAAAAUUCUGUAGCAGAGUCAGACAAGGAAGAAAGUGAAAAUGAAGAGAAGGAAGAGGAAUCUUCCACAGAAUCUGGUUUAGCGGAAGAAGAGGGCAAUCAAAGCGACAUUGAAAACUCAGGAAAUCAAGAAGAAGCAAGUGAUCAACCUGAAACUCACUUGGAACAAGAAGAAAGAACAAUAGAUUACCCAACCAUGCAAACAGAAACUUUAUAUCACCUGUACUAUCCAAAAACUUUUUGCCCCAGCCCUGAUCCAAAAAUCUUACAAGAACAAUCAGAUGUGGAAACUCCAUCCUGGCGACUGAGACCUAUGACAAAUAUGUAUCAGUUAGAAGGCACAGAGAAUAUUACAGAUGAAGCCUAUUUCAAGAGGCACCAGAAGUAUGAACUUGAAGAGAAAAGACGGAAGAGGUGGGAUCUUCAGAGACUUCGGGAGUUGCGUUUAUCAGAGAAGUUGCAGAGACAAAGAGAAGAUGAAAUUAGAGCCAGUCAGGAUGAAGCUGAUGUGGAAACAUUUUUACCCUCAGUUCAUGAUAUAAAAUAUAUUGAAAAAACAGACUUAAUACCUGUAAUGGCAUUUGGUCAGCCUGUUCCUUAUGUCUCUCCAGCAGAAUUUGAAAUACCAUGGGAAAUAACCAACCCAGGACCAGUCACACCUGCAGGUCGACAGAGAUGUAACAGCGUGCAUUCCAAAAAGCUUUGA